UUGAAGUUAUUGCUACCGUCCGAUUGUGCUUCUGUGUUUUGAUUCAUAAUUUACUUUCGAUUGUAGAUAGUUUAGUUUGAUCUUGUAUACUGUAGUAUUGUAGUUUGAAAUUGCAGUGAGGAUCAAGGGCUCUGUACUUCUAUAGUCGUCGUUUUAUCUCCGGCGGAAGAAGAUAAGGAAGAAAGCCCGUUUUGUUUAUUUUUUCCAUGACGUUGAUCUAGGACAUGCGAGCUUAUGUAAUUUGGGUUUUUGCUUGAAAUGAUACGACUCCGUGCUUAAAUGGGUGCCCUAUUUAGAUUCUUUUGGUUGGCGCUUCUCCUGGUGUUUCCUGCAGUUCUUUCCGUGCCCAGUGAUGGGUUGAUCAGAAUUGAACUGAAGAAGAAGAAAUUGGAUCAAAUUUACCGACCAACAGGACAGGUUGACUCUAGAAAUGGGGAAGUGUUGAGAACUCCUAUCAAAAGGUAUCAUUUUGGGGGGAAUCUUGGAGACUCUAAUACUGAUAUUGUUGCACUGAACAAUUACUUGGAUGCUCAGUAUUUUGGUGAGAUUGGUAUUGGAACCCCUGCUCAGAAGUUUACUGUGAUAUUUGAUACUGGAAGUUCCAAUCUUUGGGUUCCAUCAUCAAAGUGUUACUUCUCGAUUGCUUGCUAUUUACACUCGAAGUAUAGAUCUGGCGAAUCAAGUUCCUACAAAAGAAAUGGGAAAUCUGCUGAAAUCCAUUAUGGAAGUGGGGCAAUUUCAGGUUUCUUUAGCAAGGAUCAUGUCAAAGUUGGUGAUCUUGUUGUCAAAGAUCAGGACUUCAUUGAAGCCACUAGAGAGCCUGGAAUCGCAUUCUUGGCAUCUAAGUUUGAUGGUAUUCUUGGACUUGGAUUUCAAGAGAUUUCUGUUGGAAAUGCUGUUCCUGUCUGGUACAACAUGGUAAAUCAGGGUCUUGUAAAAGAUUCAGUGUUUUCCUUUUGGUUAAAUCGCGAUGUCAAAGGACAAGAAGGAGGAGAGAUUGUGUUUGGCGGGGUUGAUGAGAAGCAUUACAAGGGCGAUCAUACAUAUGUUCCCGUAACUCAGAAAGGCUAUUGGCAGUUCGAUAUGGGUGAUGUUCUAAUUGAUGGUGAAACAACUGGAUUUUGUGCGGGUGGGUGUUCUGCAAUUGCUGAUUCUGGAACCUCUUUGUUGGCGGGUCCAACGACUAUCAUUACUCAAAUUAAUCAUGCCAUUGGAGCCUCUGGUAUUGUAAGCCAAGAAUGCAAAGCAGUGGUCGCGGAAUAUGGAAAAACCAUACUGGAAAUGCUGAUAGUUGAGGCACAACCACAAAAGAUUUGCUCUCAGAUUGGUUUCUGCGCUUCUGAUGGGACUUGGGGUGUUAGCAUCGGCAUUGAGAGCAUGGUGGAUAAGAACCUAGACAAGUUAUCCGAUGGGCUGCAUGAUGGUAUGUGCUCUGCUUGUGAAAUGGCAGUGGUAUGGAUACAAAAUCAGCUCAAGAGAAAUCAAACUGAAGAACAGAUCUUGAAUUAUGUGAAUCAGCUCUGUGAUCGAAUUCCCAGUCCAAAUGGAGAGUCAGCAGUUGAAUGCUCUAACCUAUCUUCCAUGCCGAAUGUAUCCUUCACAAUUGGUGGUAAAGUGUUCGACCUUGCGCCGGAGGAGUACGUUCUUCAAGUUGGGGAGGGAGCUGUUGCCCAGUGCAUCAGUGGGUUUACUGCUUUUGAUAUCGCCCCACCUCGUGGUCCUCUCUGGAUUUUGGGUGAUGUUUUCAUGGGUCGAUACCACACGGUGUUUGACUAUGGUAACUUGCAAGUUGGCUUUGCGGAAGCAGCUUAAUGACUUCCUCUAUACACACCCACUUCCAUGCCAUUGUCAUAUAUAUAUAUAUAUAUAUAUACACACACACAUGUUGUGGAACCACCGCGUAGCCAUGGUGAACAUGGUAGAUAAAACUUGAAUUUGUACAUAUUUAUCUCUGUGAAAUAACUUAUAUCUGGCCUUAUCAGUGUUGUAUCAGAUUUGAUGUAAAUGAUGCUUUGUUGUUGUAAAACAUUUGUGCUCAAGGGGCCUGCCUUAUUCUGAUUCAGGUUAGAAAAAUCUUGAUAUCCUUGCUCGACUA